AUGGAUCACACAGCAACACUACUGAUUUUACAUCUUGGAGAAGUUAUAGAAUGUUUGAGUAAUGACGAAAAACGAUCCUUAAUUUUAUUCAGCAAGUGGGGUUGUGACGGGUCACUGCAGAUAGAAUAUAAAAUGAAGUUUGAUCAUGAAUGUGAUUCAGAUGCCAAUAUAUUUCAAAGCUCUGUAGUUCCACUUCAAUUAGUUUAUGGGCCCGAAAAGAAAAUACUAUGGCAAGACCCAACACCAUCAUCACUUCGAUAUUGUCGACCUAAACGAAUAAGAUUUAUUAAGGAGACAAGUGACAUAACAAACGAAGAAAUAAAUUAUUUUAAAUCACAAAUUACUGCAAUUUCCCGCACAGAAAUUGAAGACAUUUCCAUCAAACAUAAAAUGUUAUUCACAAUGGUGGACGGAAAGGCGUGCAAUGCCGCAACACAUACCAAAUCAACGAUGAGGUGCUACAUAUGUGAUGCUACUUCAUCAGAGUUUAAUGACUUAAUAAAAAAGAGGGCAAGCAAGGAAGAAAAUUUAAAUUUUGGUCUUUUCCUUCUACAUGCUCGCAUACGUUUUUUUCUAGAAUUUAUUACAUGUAGCAUAUAG